CGGAUUUAGAUGUGGAGGUUGAAUAGUUGGAGAACAAUUUGUCUUGAAAAUUCGGUUUUUUCUUUCUGGUUAAAGGUUUCUUUUGAUAUUUUUGUUUUUAACCCUUAUUCCUUCAGAAAUUUAAUUCCAAAAAUUGUAUUGAUUUGUAUUGAAUUAUAUUACUUUGUAUUACCUUGUAUCAAUUUGUGAAUUCCUUUAAAUGUG